UCGAUGGAUAUCGGUUAUCUCUAUUAUGAUAUUUCAUAGCGCUUGUUGUUUUUCAAUUUGUUUUCUAUUUGUCUGACGGAAUGGUACGUUUAAGCAUAAUUGCAUUUGCUGUUAAGCCUCGCGUUUCACUCAUUAAGUUUCGAAAAGGUGGACAUGCGCGUAUGGACCGUACAGAACGUCUGUCGUCAGUGUCUACUGUAAGUUGCAGAAAAGAGUGGUUGUGUAAUAAUGACAGCAUCAAAAGAGUGGGAGAGUGCUACUCGCAGUACAGCUAUCGAAGACUGGGAGUUGCCAAAUCGGUAUGCACGUAAACCUAUUGACCAGGUUGAAAUGGAAUACAUUAAUAACGGUGGAAUUAUUUAAAGUGUUUUGUAAAAAUGGAAAACUUGAUAUAUUUGUCAUGAAAACAGAAGCGUUUGCAUAUUUUUAUUAAUAAAUAAAUCAAAGAAUGCAGUUUCGAAGUCGUAUUAAAUUUUUAUAUUAUAUGGAAAAUUUGUUGACAUGUGAUUCGAAUACCUUGAACGUAGGUGAUUUUGUUAAUUACGCUAAUAACACAAUUGAUGUAUUAUCUAAAUAUACUCUUAUACCUUAUUGAUUUUAAUAUCUAAUUGUACAUGUGUACUUAUUGAUUUAUCUAAACUUCACUUAAUUAAUAACUUAAUAAAAAAUGUAUUUAUCAUCAUGGACAAGUGAAACAUA